AUGGCUACUAUCCGCGAAGAGCUUAUUCAAUUGGCUAUAACGAAUAUUCAACAGGGUCUUUGUUCCAUACGUUCUGCGGCUGAGAAAUACAGCGUUCCCUCUUCCACGCUGUCAGACCGACUCCAUGGCUCACAACCACAAAGACAAGCCAAAACCCACAAUCAACGGCUCAGCCCUGUGCAAGAAGAGUUUGUGGUCGACUGGUGCCUUAAUGAAGAAAAGUCUGGAAGGGCUCCUAGCCGUAGCCAGGUCGUAGGUUUCGCGCAGGCCAUCUUGGCUGAAGGAGGUGAUCGUCAGCCCCUGGGUGCCAGAUGGAUCGACCGCUUCCUACGCCGCCACAAUGCUGUCAAAACUAAGAAAUCAGCUUUGUUGGAAAGCUCUCGUACGAAAGACUCUACACGGGAAGCCUACCAAGCUUUCUAUAGGAGGCUGGAGUUCCACAUCCGCGACAAGAAUAUCAUACCCGCGAAUAUAGCCAACGUCGACGAGCAUGGCAUGCAGGAGAUGGAAACCACGGCUGGCACGGUUAUUGGCAGUUCCCUCACACGUAGAGCUUACACAACUAGCUCUGACACAACGACGUGGGUUACUGUCAUUGAGUGUGGUACUGUAGAGGGGGUCCGACUCUCGCCAACUAUAGUCUUUACCGGUGCCUCCCUUCAGGGACAAUGGUUCCCUCCCAAAGCCGAGCUAGAGGUAGACUUCCUGGACUGGAAGUUUGACUACAGUCUCACAGGCUGGAGCAAUAGCCAGAUUGCCUUGAAGUGGCUGAAAGAGGUGUAUCUACCACAAACUCAGCCUCAAGGUGACGAGUGGAGGUUACUCAUCCUCGACGAACACUCUAGCCACACAACCGGUGACUUCAUGGCCACAGCUUGGCUAAAUAAGGUUCAGCUGGUCUAUCUACCUGCUCAUACCUCCCACAAGACCCAGCUUCUCGACCGCAGUGUUUUCUCAGCACUGAAAAGCUAUUUCCGGCAAGCUACCAAGGCGCUCGCAAGCUUCACGGCAUCAGCUGCUAUAAACAAGCGACGGUUCCUCCAUUGCUAUAGAGAUACAUCCAAGCUUGGAAUGUCAGCUAGGAAUAUUAUCUCUGGGUUCAGAAACACCGGUAUUUGGCCCCUAGACCCAUCCAAAGUGCUGGAUGACCCCGAGGCAGUCCUGGAAAGCCAGGCCCUCCCUGUACGGCCGAAAACACCACCCCCUGAGCCUAGGACUGAGUUCUGGACACCUCAAAAGAGCCAGGACAUCCGUACGCACCAGCAGGGUGUAAGUGAGGGUAUGGAAGCUAGUGGACGGCUGACAAGGACUCUGUUGGCCAAGGCAGGCAAGGCUUUGGAUGCUAAGAAUGCCGAGAUGGCAUCUUUGAAGGCCCAGGUCGACCACUUGACGAAGGAAUUAGAGUCUCACGAGCCACAGGGCCGUAAGAGGGUCAAAGAGAAUGCCAAUGAUAAAUUUACAAGGAUAGAGGAUAUUAUCCAGGCGAAGGAGGAUUCGAUGAAGUCUCCUAAGAAGAAAAAGAAGAAGACACAACAGGACAGUCAAGAAGUCAAGGAAGCCGAAGAAAUAAUUGUAGACGCUGUUGAGCCUGGUGGUGAUGGUGGCGCCAAGUGUCCGAUUGUGGGAAACACCCGUGCAUUUGUUCAAACGAUCGCGAAGGGUGGUAGUUUUGCGUUGCUUCUAUCUUGGAGAGCUUUUGAUCAGCGGACUUACGCCAAAAUGCGCCAAUCCGCCGUCUUAUCCCUCGUCGCAGCCAGGGCCGCCCACGCGGCGGGGCAGCAGCUCAUCCCUGGCAUCGACUCCGGCUUUUCGCCGGUGCCAGGGCUUCUCGGCCGCCAAUUCAAUGACUGCACUACUCGUAGCACCUGCCAUGGGUGCUUCGGCGAUGGCUACGUGGUAUGCGACAAGAUAGGCUGUUUCAACCCCGAAAUAUACCAGCAAUGCUGCCACAAUGCCCGGCUCUGUGUGGCGAAGGAUAACAGUUGCUGCACUGACUGGGACGGACCAGGAGAGACUGGCACGUCUGGUGUUCCCAACGUGACCGCUGCCCCCGCGCCGACGGCAACGGAUAUCUCGUGGUUUUCAUGCACUCGCGGGGAGCCCGGCGAAGAUUGCUGCCAGCGUGCGCAAAUCCCGCUGCACUGGUGCUCCGGGGAAUUCCCCAGCUUCGGCUGUUACAACGACAAGAACCAGUUCUGUUGCACUGACGGCACCAUUUGCGACCAGGAGGGCUGUUGCGAGCUUUUUGAUGCAUCGACAACCCACCCCUGGGCUUCCACGGCUACUACUACGCCCAGCCCUGCGCAGACGCCGACCACAACCGCCACGAACGCAGUCACGGAAGCACCAACUUCGGCACCAACCAGCGCCACUGAUGCUCCCGAGUCGACCACGACGACUUCUGGUGCGGGCCUAAUGUCGGGACCGGGACUUGCGAUGGGACUGGUCGCUUUGGUGGUGUUUCUCCUCUAG